AUGGGUUUAGUCCCCAAAGACACACCAUUCCUGUCUAAUCAGAGCUGCAAAUCAGUGCAGUGCCCUUUACCUAUUGCUAAUUGUAAGGAAGACAGGUAUGUUGUAUUUAAAUUUGAUUCAUUAGUUAAAUAGUUAUUUGUUUCCAGAAUAACUAGUUUUGUUAGUGAAAAUUUUAUUGUACCUUUUUGACUGUGCAAUUUUUGGUUGUUGACCAGUUAUACAUGCAAGCUGAAAUAAUUUGUGGAUUUACAACAAAUUUAUUAUAUGAGGCCUAAAGGCCCCAGUAAACGAUCAUUUUUGAAAAUUUUACGUAACCACAAAGGUCUUAAUUUAUUAGUGGGCCUCUCAAACCCGACCUUAUGUUUUCAAGUCUUAAGAACUAUCUGCUGCAGACUAGACUAGCAGUAUGGUAUUUCAUUUUCCUUUUUUUUUUUUCAUUUUAGUAAUAACUUCAGUUUACCGGUAACUUUACUUUUUAUUAUUAUUAGGGAAAACCUAAAAAAGCUGAUUGUUAAUGUCAACAAACAAAAGGAUGCACUAAAGAAAAAUGAAAUCACAGUGGAUGGAGUGCAUUAUGCUGUGAGAUUUAAAGGUAAGUUUCACAUAAUAAUUAAUAAGGUAUUUUUUAGUACCAUAAUUUUCAAUCCAAAUGCCUGCAUGUACAUUGACCUCUUUUUAAAAAUUUAUAUCUACAGUUAUACUUGACCUGAAGGCCCUCAAUCUUUUGCUGGAACAAAUAGGGAAAGCGAACUUUCAGCUUGGGAAACGAGGAACUGAAGUAGAGUGUUGCUUUAUCUGCAAAGCAUUGAGGGUAUUUGUAUAUAUUCAAAAUCUCUGAGUCAAAAAAUUCUACUAUGCAGGUUUUGACCUUACCAACGACCAACUUAUCAAUACAUGCCAGUACUAUUAGAUUUUCAGGUUUGCUGGGUAAAAUUUGUUAGUAAAAACUAGCUACAGGGCUGGUGAAUAAUGGCUAUUUUUAUUGUUGCUUUAUUAGAAAUGUAAUUGCAAUCUUGGUCUGCAUACAGUUUGUUUGGAACACUUUAGCAUGUCCAAGGCCAAUUAUAUUAGAGGGUAAUUUACUUGUUGAGGCAUGUAGCCCGUGAUUAUUCAUGAAUUUCAGCGUUAUUUUGUAGUUGUCGUUUUGAAUCCACAGUCACUUCUAAUUAUAAAAGGCAUUCAAAACAAGGUUAUCUCAAUACAGUUAACCUCUAUUUAAAAAAUUAAAUUCCCUGGUAUAGUGAGUUAAUCUCUUCAUCCCAGCAUUUAUAGCUUAAUUAUGAAAAGUUGUUUUCUAUAAAAGACUAACUUUUAUAUAGACCUUAUUUUUAAUUUAUAAUAUUUUUGUAAUAAUUAAGCCUUGCCUUUUGUAAAAGGGGAAGUUCCACUGCAUGGAAAAGAAAACAAAAAGCUGUUUUUGGACAAACAUGGUGUUUAAUGCCCCUGUCUAUAAAAUGUUGGCAAUUAUCCUUGUCUUGUUUUCCUAGAGCACAUAUUAUUUUCCCAUAAUAAUAUAUCACAGUCUUCCUUUACUGUAGGUUUGUUAAUAUUGUAGGGGCACUGUCAUAAAAGACUGAAAACCUGUCAAGUAAAAUACUUGAGUUUGAAAUCUAUAAAACUGUUAAGUACCAGUACAAGUCUUCAGGGGAGAUAUCCCCUACAACUAACAAAAUAAUGAAUCUUCUUUUUUCUUGUUUCAAAGGCAUCCGUGAUGACUUAGAGUUCCUUUUUGAAGAGGAUUUAUCGUCUAUUAAUCUCUGCACCCUUCACUGUGAACUUAGAAAUACUGAACAGCUGUUGUCAUUGUUGGUUUUUUUUUGUACAAAGUGGGUUCACUUGAUGUAUGUAAUGCCGAAUUGGCAAAUUAUGGCCCUGAGAAUUUUAGCAGCAGAAUAACAGUGAAGAUGAAAGAGGGCCAAGAAACUGCUGUUGAAAAGCACAACAUUCAGGUGUCUUCAUUUUCAGGUACCUUCUAUAUUGUUUCAUUUUUAUCAUGAUUGCUUUAAUUCACUUUAUCCAUUUCAGGGCUUUUUUUUUCUGUGCUGUAGCAGCUGCAUGAGUUUUAUUUGUACAAUACCUUGAUCCUUAAUAUGAAAACUGUAACACUGGUUUGUAAUGAAGAUGUCAUUAAGUUGUGAAUUUAAAUCCCGUUUGUUUCUUUCUGUACUAUUUUUCCUGAAGGUUCUACUGAAUGUGAGUUCCUCACAAACAUUGAAACAAUUGUCAGGAACUCCUUGCCUCAUGACAAAUUGAAGUGUCAUACAUUUUGCUGAUCCAGAAAGAGCUAAAGAGGCCCUCCUGAAUAAAGUCGGGUGUUACUCAAACGAAGACCCAAAAAUGAAGACCUAAGACCUAAGACCCCAUGAACUAAAAUGAAGACCCCAUGGACUAAAACGAAGACCCCAUGGACUAAAACGAAGACCCCAUGGACUAAAACGAAGACAUUAUGGACUAAAACGAAGACAUUAUGGACUAAAACGAAGACCCUUUGACCCCAUGGAAAAACGAAGACCCCAUAGACUAAAACAAAAAAAAUGACUGAUGCUAAAACAAAAAAUGGCAUUGCCCAUUGCCCGCCCCGUACUUUGUUACGGCGAUUUGGGAAUGUUGUGGAAUUUCCUCAGCUGUAUUUAGUUUUGAUAAUCAAGUCUAUCACUUACCUUUCCUUCAGGUUUCUUUUAAAAUAUUUUGCAUGUUUUAAACCACUUUGGAAGUGUUUACGGUGAUGAAGGGUCAUCUAGUGUGUUGUAUGGUUAUAAUGCGCCCUCGGUGAAGAGGAUUGGCGUGACAAGCCUAAAGGAUGGGAGGCCUGACAAUCAAAAAGGCUUAUGACAGGAUUUGUCUUGAAGACUUCCGCCAAACGUGUUUUGGGCGCGUAGUUAGGGUUUGGGGGAGGAGCGGGUCCAUGCACUUUCUGAUUUAUAUGGUUGGCAAUUCAAUGUCGGAUGAUUUGGGUGUCAUCCUGGGUGUAAUGAGUUAAGAAAAUAUAACCGCAUGCUCCAGCUCAGUCUAAAAUGUCGAAGAAUUGUAUCAAUGCACUUAAAAAACAAAAUAGUGACAACACGUAGUAUAGGGAGGAAAUAACAAGGAGACAUUUUUCAUUGACGAAUUCAAGGAGAGAGCAACCUCGCGUUCUAUUUAUUACUUUUUAGCUCAUCAAUAGAGAAAAAAAAGCCUUCGAUCGAGAACAUUACUUGAGUAAAGGUUAACAUAAUUUGAGUUUCAUUUAAGCGAGGUUCAUUUGUCUUUAUGCCGGGUUUUAUUUGUUUUAUUUAUAUCCCUGUCAUACGAUGUUACGAUAUUCUGUAUGCCCUCUAUUGUUAAAAAAUGACUCAUCUUUACGGGUUAAACAGUUGUUUUUAUGAUAACUGUGUUAAAAAAAUAAUAAUAAAAGAAAAAGAAGGAAAAAGACUAGGAAAAAAAAACGUAUCUUUCACGAGACUCAAACCUGGGACUUUUAUCUCAACAUCUCCAUCACCGUAAACUGACUUCCAAUGCAAAGUGGUUUAAAACAUGCAAAAUAUUUUAAAAGAAACCUGAAGGAAAGGUAAGCGAUAGACUUGAUUAUCACAACUAAAUACUGCAGAGGAAAUUCCACAACAUUCCCAAAUCGCAGUAACAAAUUACAAGAGCGGGCAUUGCCCUCAGCGGUUAGAAUCAGUCAUUUUUCAUUUUAUAUUAGUCCAAGGGGUCUUCGUCUUAGUCCAAGGGGUCUUUGUUUUAGUCCAAGGGGUCUUCGUUUUAGUCCAUGGGGUCUUCGUUUUAGUCCAUGGGGUCUUCGUUUUAGUCCAUGGGGUCUUAGGUCUUAGGUCUUUGUUUUUGGGUCUUCAUUUUAGUAACACCCAAUAAAGUCACAUUUUGUAAUGAUAGAAUCAAGGUAUGGCUCAGGAUAUCACAUGAUUUGAAUGUUUCACUUAAACCAGUGCAACACACAAUAAUAUUUUUUGUGUAGUAUGUACAAACAUACACUGAAAAAAAUGGUUUCUGUUGAAAAUAUUCAAUGAAUUUUUAAUAAUUUGUUUUAGUACUAUCAGGACAUGGCUAUUUCAGAGACAUUCACCAGAGACUUUGGUUCAGAGCAGGAGACUAUUACCCUUACAGGUUCAGGGACAUAUUACAGUCAUUAUACUGUUAUUUAAAAGCUUUCCUUCCCUUUGACUGUGAUAAACCAGACAGUUUGAAUUAAUGACUGUAUUUACUUCCAUCGACACUGGAAGUUGUGAUAGGCUAGCUAGCACUGUUAGUAUUAAUACAACCCCAUGACGUGACCAUUGUGUAUCCAGGGUACAUCAUUAUUGCAUCAGAUUACUAAAUCCCAACUGAGUGAAUGUUCCUUAGCAUGUAAAGCACACCCAGCAGUGGUUUGUGUUCUUGCAUAAUAGUCCUGCCCUUAAAAAGAAUACCCCUUACACUUCGUGAUGUGACUACCUAACCUGUUUUCCUUAGAAACUGGAAAAGAAGUUCAAAGAAGACUGAAAUUCUGGCAGGAGGGCAGGCUACGUGAAAUCGAGGAAAGAUAUGUGGAGCUGUCAGAGAAGUGUGUUGGUUGGUCGGUUGCUAAAGGUAAACGGGAAAAGAAAAGGCAGAAGGUGGACAAUGCUUAUCUUUCUCAGCUAUCUGAUUAUACAGCAGAAGUGUUCUACCAAUUAUUUUUAAAGGUAAUCAAAUAAUCAAGUCUUUUUUUACUCAAUUGGAAGACACAUUGGACAGUUUUAUGAGAAAUAAGAUAUGGGGCAAAAUCCAGACACGUUAAGUUAAAACUAGUCAAGCUGAUUUUGCUUAGGAACAAAAUUCUUAACUUUAACAAGUGGCAGUUACAAAACACAGGUCACAAGGGAAGGUCACUGCAUGCUCUUAUAAAAAAAAACUGAGAUAGGCAGUUUCCCCUUAACUUAAAACAACUCAUUUAAGAUUGUAAUUUGGGCUUUUUGUAUAAUUUAUUCAUUUUGAUUUCAGGUUUACAAUGACUGGAAAGACAGUUCUGAAAUUAUUAGAAGUAGUGUCUUCGAGGAGGAUCAGCAAGAUUUAAUUGACAUUUUUGACAUACAG